UUGAUUUCCCUUCUCAAUCUUUCCUGUUUCUUCUUCUUUUUCCUAUGGCUUCUGUUCCAGAAUUCUCCGAUGAUUAUUCAUUCUCCGAUGAUUUCUCUCAGUUCCAAAACCCACUGCUGAUUCCCCAAGAAAACUGCAUUGAUGAUAUAGGCGGUGCAAUUCCUAGCUCUGCAACAUGCGGUGAAGAAAUAAGUUUCCUGAUGUUUUUGGACAAUGGUGGAGUUGGUGUUUUCCAACAAGAACAUAGUAAUCUUUCACCUUCAGUCCCGACAGCUGUUUUUCCUGACAACAACAUUGCUGCUGGUUGUGGCAUUGAUGGCAGAUAUCAAUUGCAAGAUGUCUGUGAUGAGUUUGGAGAAGAAUGCAAUAGGAUUCUUCAUCAGGAUUUCAAGCCAGUAAACAUGGGAGACAACUGGGAAGUUCAAGAUAAUCGAAUGGUGCCGGCGGUGCAAGACAACAAUCAUAAGGCUGUUCGGUAUUCGGUAGAAGAAAGGAAAGACAGAAUUCUCAGAUACGUGAAGAAGAGAAACCAAAGAAAUUUUAACAAGACAAUUAAGUAUGCAUGUCGAAAAGCCCUGGCUGACAGAAGGGUUAGAGUUCGAGGAAGAUUCGCAAGGAACAACACUGAACUUCAUGAAGAUGAAAUAGAAAUGAGAGAGGAAGAUAACAACACUUCACCAAUUGAAAAACACUUGAAUUACUGUGAUUCUGUACAGAUCAAGCAUGAUGAGCUGGAUGAGUGGCUGCAACAGGCUAUGGCAAAUCUCAUCUAUUUACCACAUAUGGCUGGUUAAUAUUUAUGUUCAAAGCUUGUGCUAUUCGGAUUAUUUAAAUUUUUUUGAAGUACCGAGUGAUCAUUUGAAUAUAUA